AUGAGUGCCAUUGAUGAAGAGCGUCCUCCUCUAUGGAAAUAUGUCACAAAACUGAACAAGGAUGAAGGAGGAGGGAACGUGUCAUUUACAUGUCACCAUCGUCGAAUUAACUAUAAGGGAUCAUAUUCAAGGGUAAAGGCGCAUCUGUUAAAGAUACCAAAUAAAGGAAUCAAAAAAUGUCCCAAAGUCACUGUGGAAGACUUAGCUGAGAUGAAAAAAUUAUUCGAUGAUGCUGAAACAAGAGCUAAGGAUUCUAAACCUAAACAGGUUUCUUUGCCAAAUUCCAGGAGUCAUGCACUAAUGGACUUUUCGAGCUCAACUUCAUUUGAUGUACACUCCAAGAAAAGGAAGGGUACCAUUCAAAAUGCAUUCAACAAUGACGCUCGCGAAGAUAUGAACAGGUUGAUUGGAAGAAUGUUUUAUUCAGCAGAACUACCUUUUAAUUUUGCGAAGAAUCCACAUUUUAUUGAGGUUCUAAGGAGAGCUACUGCAAACAGCAAAACACUUUCGGGCUACAUACCUCCGGGAUACAACCAGUUGAGAACAACUCUUUUGCAAGAAGAAAAAAAUCACAUUGGAAAGCUGCUUGAUCCAAUAAAAAGUACGUGGAAACAUAAUGGAGUUACUAUUGUUUCUUAUGGUUGGACUGAUUUUCAAAGAAGGCCUAUUAUUAAUUUUAUUGCCGUUUGUGAAAGUGGUCCAAUGUUUCUUAAGGCUAUAAACUGCCAAGGUGAAUACAAGGACAAAGUGUUCAUAGCUAAUUUGCUAAAAGAGACGAUCAAUGAAGUUGGUGCAGAUAACGUGGUUCAAGUCAUAACUGACAAUGCUCCGGUUUGUAAAAGUGCAGGCUUACUUAUUGAGACACAUUUUCCUCAUAUAUUUUGGACUCCAUGUGUGUUCCAUACAUUAAAUCUUGCUCUGAAGAAUAUAUGUGCUGCAAAGAACACCGAAGCCAAUGCUGAAACAUUUGCUGAGUGUUCUUGGAUAAGUGAUAUUAUUUCGGAUGCCGUGUUCGUAAGAAAGUUCAUUAUGACUCACCCCAUGAGGUUGACAAUGUUUAAUGAUCAUAAUAAGUUGAAGUUGCUUACCGUAGCUGACACACGCUUUGCUUCGAGUGUAAUAAUGAUCCAAAGAUUUGUUCAUAUAAAAGAAGGUUUAUAA